AUGGCUGGGCACCAGCUGAAGCCCAUCGCCCAGCAAGGGCUCCCUGACAAGAACCUGGACCCGCCUCUGCUCUGCUUGUCCACCUGCCUCUUGGAAGGCAAUGCUGGCAGCGGGGAGGAGCACUGGUCCACCCUACAGCCUGCUUACUCUCUGACUGCCAAGCAAGCAAGUGGUAGCAAGGGGAAAGAGGAAGUUGAGUUCAAACCCAGAAAGUUUCUCCUGGAUCACUCUGGAGGUUUUUCUGAGGACUUUGGCAAAUUGUAUGACAGCCAGCAGGGCUGUGACCUCAACAUCAUUGUGCUGGUGGCAGAGAAGACCAUGGAACCUCUAAGCCUGUGUGCACAUAGACUGAUUCUUCAUACAAACCAUGAGGCCCAUGUUCUGCUCCCAGAGAGCGGGAACUCAAGCACGCUGCAGGUGGAAGAAGAGUGCUUGCCAUUUGCGAGCAGCUUUGUCAGGUACUUCUACUCCAGGCAGAUUGAAAUCUCCAUGAAUUCAGUAAAGUGUUUUCACAAGCUGGCUGUGGCAUAUGGAAUAGCAAGCUUGCAAGCUUACUGCAACCAGAUAUUCCUCUCCAUCUUUCCAUUGGACCCCUCCUUUCAUGUUCAUCUGGAGCUGUAUGACUACAGCCUAACCAGUGGAGAUGCCCAGCUACAGGAAGUCAUCCUGCAGUACCUAGCCUGGAACUUUGAGGCUUUGACCCGCACUGAGGCUUGGCUGGCUCUUUCCUCAGAGAAGAUGAAGGCUCUUCUGUCCCGCACAGAUGUAGUAAUUGAGAGUGAAUGGUCCCUGCUGAAAGCUUUGUACCACUGGGCACGGUCCAAUGUAACAACGAGGGGCCUCUGGGAAAAAAUCCGUUUUCCCAUGCUCCUUCCGGAGCAGCUGUUAGAACUGCGGUUCACUCUGGCCCUUCAUAAAGAUGGUGAGAAUAAGUACCAGAGGAAUAUUAUGGAUGCGUUAGACUUCCACACUGUGCCUUUAAAAUUCCUAAGGCAGUACAAGCUCCAUGACCUCAGCAGUGAUUCAUAUGUCCCUCGUUUUUAUACUGGAUCUGCUUGGAGCAGACACCUAGUUUACAACCCUUCAUUACAGUGGUUCAUUUCUGACCACUUGGAUGGGUCCAACCUCUUUCCACCAUUUGAAACAAGCAAACAUCCUAGCUUCCUUUUCAAGACCCAGAACAUCUCCUGGUCUUUCUCCUACCAGGUCUUGCCGACAAAUAGCCAAACUGAUAGCUCCAGUUCCUCAGACAUUUCCCUUGUUCUCCACCAUGCACUGCCAGAUUCUUCUGAUGAUGCCAUCCAGUACGAGAACAAAGCACUCUUGCUCUGCCAGAAUUUCGUUAUAGAUGUUGUUAACAUUCAAAAUGGCACAGCUGUGGUCCCCAGUGUUGCCUCCUCUGCUUGCCCAAAUGGUUAUUCCAGCUUUGUUGCUGUAGUACGUCCUGUGUACAAGCUGAAUACAUAGAGCUAUGACCCACCCUCCUUCCUGCAGAUGCAGAAUCUGUGAAGCAUCAAAACCAGCAAUGCGGCACACUUGAUAGGUCCCCUGCUUUUACUGUUGUCUUACAAGCCACAUCCACAUUGAUGCAGCAUUGUAACAGGAGAGUCCAGCAUCUAUACCAAACUUUCCCAGCCUUUGCAGUGUCCUCCAGAGUGAAUUUCAACUCCCAUCAGCAUAGUUAGUGGUCCUAAAUACUGGGAGUUGUAUAUAUGGCAGGUACUAGGUUAGAGAAAACUAAUCUCUUUCACAGCUGGCUUAUUUUUGUCAGCUGCUACUUAAUACUAUUUAAGAGACUUGGGAUUGAGUUUUUUCCCCACCAUCCAGUUUGAUGGAUGCAGCUACCAUAGAGACAAAUAGAACAGUCUUAAUUUGGAUUUCUCCUCAUUCCCCUAAUGCUUGGCCAGAAGUAGUGUUUCUCCUGGUUCACUCUGGCUGCUCUGGCUACUGAGCGUGGAUCUUGCUGGCUCCCCCAAACACUGGCUUUGAGAGGCUGGUGAAAAGGAAUAUCUGUGGCAUUUGUACUUGUAUAUUCCCCUGUCUUGAGCCCCUAAUGUUGUUGUUGUUGUUGUUCAGUAGCAAAGUCAUGCCCGACUCCUCGAUACCCUAUGGACCACAGCAUGCCAGGCUCUCCUGCCCUCCACUGUUUCCCGGAGUUCACCCAAUUUCAUGUUCAUUGCAUCAGUGACACUGUCUAACCAUCUCAUCCUCUGCCUUUUGCCUUCAAUGGUUCCCAGCAUCAGGGUCAUUUCCAACAAGUCUUCCUUCUCAUUAGGUGGCCAAAGUAUUUGAGCUUCAGCUUCAGUAUCUGUCCUUCUAAAGAACAGUCCGGGUUGAUCUCCUUUAUGAUUGACUGAUUUGGUCUCUUCUCAGUCCAACGGACUCUCAGGAGUCUUCUCCAACUCCACAAUUCAAAAUUGUCAAUUCUUCCAUGCUCAGCCUUCCUUAUGGUCCAGCUCUCACAGCCAUACAUUGCAACUGGGAAAACCAUAGCCUUGACUGUACAGGGUGAUGGCAGGGUGAUGUCUCU